CCGGGCCCGCCGCUCCGCUCGGCUCCGCUCCCCGCCCCGCCGGCCCGGCCCUGUGCAUUGUGGUCCGGCGGCGGGGGGCGAACAUGGCCGAGAAGCAGAAGCACGAUGGGCGGGUGAAGAUCGGCCACUACGUGCUGGGGGACACGCUGGGGGUCGGCACCUUCGGCAAAGUCAAGAUUGGUGAGCACCAGCUGACAGGGCACAAAGUGGCAGUGAAAAUACUGAACAGGCAGAAAAUCCGCAGCCUGGACGUGGUGGGGAAGAUCAAACGAGAAAUCCAAAACCUGAAACUCUUCCGGCACCCUCACAUUAUCAAACUGUACCAGGUCAUCAGCACACCGACAGACUUCUUCAUGGUCAUGGAAUACGUGUCCGGGGGGGAAUUGUUCGAUUACAUCUGUAAGCAUGGACGUGUCGAGGAGGCAGAAGCUCGGCGCCUUUUCCAGCAGAUCCUCUCUGCAGUGGAUUACUGCCACAGGCACAUGGUGGUGCACAGGGACCUGAAGCCAGAGAACGUGCUGCUGGAUGCCCACAUGAAUGCAAAGAUAGCUGAUUUUGGGCUGUCCAACAUGAUGUCAGAUGGUGAAUUUCUACGCACCAGCUGUGGUUCCCCAAAUUAUGCAGCCCCUGAAGUCAUCUCUGGAAGGCUCUAUGCUGGCCCAGAGGUGGACAUCUGGAGCUGUGGUGUCAUCCUCUACGCCCUCCUGUGUGGCACCCUGCCUUUUGAUGACGAGCACGUCCCCACCCUGUUCAAGAAGAUCCGUGGGGGAGUGUUUUACAUCCCUGAAUACCUCAACCGCUCCGUGGCCACGCUCCUCAUGCACAUGCUGCAGGUGGACCCCCUCAAGAGAGCCACCAUCAAGGACAUCAGGGAACACGAGUGGUUCAAGGAGGAGCUGCCCAGUUACCUGUUCCCAGAGGACCCUUCCUACGACGCCACGGUCAUCGACGACGAGGCGGUGCGCGAGGUGUGCGAGAAGUUCGAGUGCACCGAGUCGGAGGUGAUGAACAGCCUGUACAGCGGUGACCCCCAGGACCAGCUGGCCGUGGCCUACCACCUGGUCAUCGACAACCGCCGCAUCAUGAACCAGGCCAGCGAGUUCUACCUGGCCUCCAGCCCGCCCACGGGCUCCUUCAUGGACGACAGCGCCCUGCACAUCCCGCCGGGCGUGAAGCCGCACCCCGAGCGGAUGCCGCCGCUCAUCGCCGACAGCCCCAAGGCCCGCUGCCCCCUGGACGCCCUCAACACCACCAAGCCAAAGCCCCUGACUGUCAAAAAGGCCAAGUGGCACCUGGGGAUCCGCAGCCAGAGCAAGCCCUACGACAUUAUGGCCGAGGUGUACCGGGCUAUGAAGCAGCUGGACUUCGAGUGGAAGGUGGUGAACGCCUACCACCUGCGGGUGCGCCGCAAGAACCCCGUCACCGGCAACUACGUGAAGAUGAGCCUGCAGCUCUACCAGGUGGACAACCGCAGCUAUCUGCUGGACUUCAAAAGCAUCGAUGACGAGGUGAUGGAGCAGAGGUCUGGCUCCUCCACGCCCCAGCGCUCCUGCUCGGCCGCGGGUUUGCACCGGCCGCGCCUGAGCAUCGACGCGGCCGCGGCCACCGAGUGCCAGUCGCUGAUGGGCUCCCUGAGCGGCUCCUUCGUGGGCAGCAUCCCCUCGGUGCCCCCUCGCCUGGGCAGCCACACCAUGGACUUCUUCGAGAUGUGUGCCAGCCUCAUCAUGGCCCUGGCCCGCUGAUGGCCCCUCUGUGCACUGUGAGGAUCUGCGCUGACUCGGCCGCCCCCUCCUUUCUUUUGCUUCCUUGUUCUUCCUCCUUCUCCUCCCCUCACUGCCCCACAGAGCCAAGUCCAGACCCAAAACAUGCUCCCCUCUAGCAAGGCACCAAGGAAAUUAACUUAAUUUUUCUCCUUGCGCCUGGCGAAAUGUGUCCAAUACUCUUUUUUCUUCUUUCCUUGUGAACCCCAUGGGAAAUGUUAAGGCUGUAAAGUAACAAAUGUUAUCACUGAGUUUUUGGAAAACGCCUCCCCCCUGGUUCAUCCUGAGGUAAUGGAGACAUAGCCAUGCUUCCUGCAGGGAGUUUGAUGUUUCCCUAAUGCUGUGCAGAGCAGGGGCAGGCUGGGCUGAGCCAGGGCAGAGGUGUUGACCAGGAGCUCUGUGAGAUGGAGUGGAGGGUGGUGAAGCAGCUCUGCUGCGUUCACUCCCAGGUGCCAGCCUCUCUCACACUUCUCUCCCCAAAGCAGCAGCUGCUUAGGGGCUUCUGCACUAGUGCAAUAUGACCUCCCUCCCCUCUCUUUUUCCCUCUGCUGAAGAUGGGCAGGGAAUGUGGGAUGUGCAAAGGUCCUGGUGCAAACCUGCCAUGGGGAGGCCAGUCUUUGCAGAGGAGUGUCCCUAAGGUGCAGUCUGUGUCCCUGUCCACUCUUUGCAGAGGAGUAUCCCUAAGGUGCAGUCUGUGUCCCUGUCCACUCUUUGCAGAGGAGUGUCCCUAAGGUGCAGUCUGUGUCCCUGUCCACUCUUUGCAGAGGAGUGUCCCUAAGGUGCUUUUUUUUGCCCAAGGGCUCCGGACAGCACUGAGCUGCUUGCCACGCUCGGGGCUGAAGGCAGACUGCCUUUUUCUCACCUCCCUCCAGCCUGCUCCCCCUCCCUUGCCUCACCAGGGCUCCAGGGGCUGAAUCCCAAGCAGGGUUCAGGUGAGCAGAGACAGGAUCUGGAUCACCCACCUGAGGACCCAGCACUUCCCCCGAGGGUUGGGAUCAUCCCAGGAGCCAUCAGCAGCGCACAGCUCCGGAGCGCUCACCUCUCACCUUUCCCCUAGGAUGCUCUGCCUGUUGUCACUCCCCAAAAUCACUGCCAAAUCUGCCUUCCCUGCUGCUGGACACUCACUGCCCCUGCCCAAGGGCUCUCCUGUCCUGCUGCUGCUGCCCACAGGACUGUGACCUUCGCUGCUCCGCUGACCAGGCAGGGAUAUCCCAACCCGGAAUUUUACUGUUCCUUUGCAACUGGCUAUCUGAAGGAUGGGAUUUUAUUUUUUAAGAUGAACUGCGGGGAUUUUUAAGGUUAAAUUCUUGUUACUCAAGGGUAGACCCUCAUGCAUGUGUGACUUCUUUGUUUAAAAGAGUUAUUAUUUUUUAUUACAUGGGAUUAAUCUAACGGGCAGUGUUGGCAUCUGCUUGGCUUUGACAUGGUAUUUAAUUCCAUUUACUUGAUUAUGAAGUAAUAGUCUAAUCAAGGAACAAAUGCUUUAUGAAAGCUUUGCCAAAAACCUGUUGGGUGGGGGGUUUGGUUUUGUUCUGUUUUUUUUUUUCUUUUUGUUCUGUUUUAAGAAACAAAGCAAAGAACUUUUGCUGGUCCCAGGUAUGCAGUCAUUUGACUUGAAAAAUAAUGUAAUCUGUCUUUUUGAUAGCUUCUUAUGACCCCUUGAGGUUUUUUCCUAGGGUUUUCUUUUUUGUACAGUUGCACUUUAAUUUAUACUUUCUGCAAGUUUGUAUGAGAAGCAAGGAAGAGAACAACAAAUUAAGCCUUUUUUACUAAUCAUUUAAGGUAAUCAAGACAAACACGGGAUAUUUUGCCAUCUACUGGCAGUUAAACGGACUUUUUCAGUUUGAAGUCCCUUUUUUUUUAAAAAAGAACCACAAAAUUGCCUUACUUUUGUUACAUAUUGUGUUUGGAUCCUCACUAACGUGACUUUACAGCUGCAAUUUUUCCAGAAGCCGCACAAAGUAGAAAGCUUCCAAAAAAAAAAAAAAAAAAAAAAAGAAAAAAAAAGAAAAAUAUCAGUUUUGCUGUUAAACUCUUGAACACUAAAUCCAACACAGCAGUGGUUGGACUGUAAGAAAUACUGGAAAAAUUUGUAGUGCUCCUAGGUUUUGUAACGAGCCUUUUAUUACGUUAUGAUUAUUAAAUAAAUACUCUGGGGUGAGGAUGGCUUUGGUGCUGUGCCUGGUGGCUGCCAGGUGAUUUGUGUCCCCAGUGCUGUGGUGUGAGUUUGGAUGGAGAAUCCAAACUCCUGCAUGCAAAAAAAGAUCCAAACCCCACCCCAGAGUCAAAGCUGAGGAACACCCAACCCUUCAGCAGCUUUUGGAUCAAGGCUGAGAUUUGGGGUGAUGGAGAUAAACCCCUUUGGAGAGGAGCAGGAGCAGCUGUAGGGCCAGGCAUAAAUUUCCAUCCAGGAAACUACGAGUGAAAUGUAUUUCAAAUGUUAAAGGCUUUUCAAAUCUUCACUCCCAGCUGAGCAUCUUGCCAAGUCCUGGCAGCACCUGUAGCCCCCUUGAUAAGGGGCUGGUGUGUUCCAGUCUGGGGCUCAGGAGCAGGUAGAUGUACUGAUGUCUUUUUUCAAAUUGACUCUUGUCCUCUGGGAUUUCCCACCCAGCAGAACUAAUAGUAUUAAGCAGCAGCAAAUGCCCUUGGGAGGAAAUAUUUGCUUCCUGGAGCCUGGUGGGAUUUCUAGGUUGCAGAAUAAGCCCCUUGUGGCACUUGGCAUCUUCUCCGACCUGUGCAAACAUUAACUGCUGUGUGGAUCUGCAGAACCAGUCCUGCCUGCAGGGCAGUCAGAGUUACUCAGCUUUCCUUAUGCAGAGACACAAGGAGAUGAAGCACUUCCCUGCUCAGGGUCAGCAGAGGCAGUGGAGGGAGCAGGACUGGUGGAAGCACCUCCCCAGUGACUGGUCCAUCACAGCCUUGCCCAAAUCUGUGCUGCACUUUGGAACACUCUGAGGACUUUCACUUCUUUUUGUUAUUUAUUUUACCUUCAAAUAGGCUGUGUUCUGUUUCCCAGCUGCAGAGGAGCUGCUGACCUCCAGUUACAUUUUCCAGAGGAAGAGUUUAACUUCCACACUGUUACACUGUGGUCAGCUCUUUUUGAGUUAUGCUGGUACAUGCACAAGCGUCGGGAAAAGCAGGGUAGACAAUAUUUGAACUACAGAAACUUGAAUUACUCCAAGUGCAAUUCUUCAGAAGCCACUGAACAGCUGUGCUUUGCAAGCCACUAGCUCACCCAAAUUUUGCUUCAGCCCGAGGGGGAGAGAGACAAAAUGCAAAGGAUAAAGAGUUCAGAUAGGCUCCAAGAGAAACCUCCAGCUCCUGGAUAAGUUAAUUCAGAAAUACCUUGUGCUGUUCUUGUUGGAAGCUAUAUAUAUGUAAAUAUUAUACAUGCAUAUAUAUAAAAUGUAGGUGGCAUCCCUGUCAUUGACCUCUCAGCUUUAUUCUUCCAGCAGGGCAGGUGUGUGCCCUGGACACUGCCACCCCUCACUAAUCCCAGCCUCUGAGAGGACCUGGACAAUGGGAAUGCUGUUUUUACACCCUCUUUUAGGUAAAGCCCAUGAGUAGCUUAGCUCACUCCAAUAGGCUCGGCGUGGCCUUGGCCAAAGCCCAGCUGCUGAUAGGGUUUGGGGCAGGUUUAUUUUCAGGAGCUGGAGCUGAGCAGGUAAAGGCAGCAGGAUAUAUUUUUUUUUUCCCUUCAGCGGGUCAGAAAUGCAUCUUCAGCUGUGUGUCCAGUUCAGCAUUUCACGAGGUGUGUACAAGCACAGGGGAAUUCAUGGGCAGUGUUGUAAAAACGUGAACCAGCUGGUUAGUGUGUGCUGUGUAUACGUUUCUGUGUGUGAUUGUAGUGGCAUUCGUGUUGGAAUUGAUGAGGUUUGAACAAAGUAACCCUUCUGUCUACUCCUUUUCAUUUCACUGCUCUUUACUGUCAGCGUGCAGCCCUGCAGGAGGAAGAGGGAGCUGAGUGCAGGACAUGAACUCGUGCCUUCGCUGCGCGUCGGGGCUGCUGGAAGUGGCAGCUUUGUUUCACGAGGUGCACAAUUUCCCCAGCUCGUGCAGGAUCCCCCCUCUGAGACAUGCAGGCCGUGUUUCUAAAUACUUGAAGUACCAUUUGUUGUGCAAUUAUUUGGCUUCACCCUUUUAUUAGCUGAGAGGAGAGAGGGAAGAAGAACCGCACAUCUGGAUGAGCCAAACCAACCCCCCGCUCGAGCUCCUGCUGUUUCUUUCCUGGAAAGUUUUAGGGUCUGGUUUUGUUCCAGGUAUAUGAUGGACCUUACUAGAGUCACCUUUCUUAAGGUCUUACUUUGGUAUGGGCUUUUCAUUUAGUGCUUUCCUUUGGCUUCCUUAGCCCUCCCCUUAUAUAUCCCUUUUUCAUCAUUUGCUUAUUAAAAAAAAUGCAACAGCUUCUUGUAAUUCUGAAUUCCCAGCCUGCCUCCUGGCCAUGGAGUUAAUGAUUCAGCCAGAGGUACCUCAGUCCCAUGCCUGAGAGGUGAACUGGGUUUCAGAGUUCCCACGUGACACCUACUGAUGGAACACUGACUUUUGCAGAGAGCACACCUGGUAUUCCAUGCAUGGAUCUUGGCUCAUUUUAAUUGUCAAAAUUAGGAGAACUAGACUGUGAAUCAGAGCUCUACCUGCAAGCACGAGUACACUUUUGGUGUUAGAAAAAGUCUGUUUUCAACAAAAGCCUUGAAGUUCCUGCUGAAGCUGCCUUAAUUUAAAAAUCAAAGUUUAUUUGUAAGACUCAUCUCUGAUAAUUUUUGUUUUUUUCAAGUUUGGAAAUAAUAGUUUAUUUAUCCUCAUCUCACAAAGCUGUGAAGUAGAUCCUGUAGCCAUGGUAAUAUUUAUUCUUGUUGCUGAAAGCAUGUUCAUGUGUUCUGUAUCAUGUUAUAUUCACGUGGUUUGUACCUCAAUGCAUUUGUUUUGUUUUUUUCUUUCAGAGCACAAAGCAAAACUGAAUCCCAGGAUUUCUGUGGUGUCCUUGGCCCAGCAUCUUUGGGCAGACAAACCUCAGCUCUAUGAGAGAGGUAAACUGGACUUGUCCACUGCAAUGCUUAAAUUCAUACUCUAAGGAGUAUUUAUGAUUUAUAAUAUUAUGUAUUUGUAAUUUUAAGAAAAAGAUGCUGAACUUUAAAAAGUUCUCACUAGAAGCACCCCUUCAAACAUAUCAUUAGCAUGAAUCUCAGAAAAAACCCCCCUGAGCUCUAGAAACACUCCAUCCUUCUCAGUAUUUCCUAUUUUGUCAGCUGAGAGCCUGGAGAGGGUUUUGUUUCCCAAUUCAUGGUUGUAGUAUUUUUGCUAUGGAAGGGCACAGAGCCUUGGUUCAGUUUUGUCCUUUGUGCAUCAGAUAAUCACAACGAAGCCUUUUUCCUUCCAUUUAUGGUGUGGAAAGUGUUUCUCGGUGUACUGCACUGCAUGUGAUAGCUGUCUCCAUGGUUGACAUUUGCACUUUAAUAAACUCAGAGAUGAAAAGAGAUAAAAGCAACAAA